AUGGGUAGAAUAAUUGCAACAGAGAGAAACCGUCGGCAACGAACCGACGGCAACAGAGAGAAACCGUCGGCAACGAACCGACGGCAACAGAGAGAAACCGUCGGCAACGAACCGACGGCAACAGAGAGAAACCGUCGGCAACGAACCGACGGCAACAGAGAGAAACCGUCGGCAACAGAGAGAAACCGUCGGCAACAGAGAGAAACCGUCGGCAACAGAGAGAAACCGUCGGCAACAGAGAGAAACCGUCGGCAACAGAGAGAAACCGUCGGCAACAGAGAGAAACCGUCGGCAACAGAGAGAAACCGUCGGCAACAGAGAGAAACCGUCGGCAACAGAGAGAAACCGUCGGCAACAGAGAGAAACCGUCGGCAACAGAGAGAAACCGUCGGCAACAGAGAGAAACCGUCGGCAACAGAGAGAAACCGUCGGCAACAGAGAGAAACCGUCGGCAACAGAGAGAAACCGUCGGCAACAGAGAGAAACCGUCGGCAACAGAGAGAAACCGUCGGCAACAGAGAGAAACCGUCGGCAACAGAGAGAAACCGUCGGCAACAGAGAGAAACCGUCGGCAACAGAGAGAAACCGUCGGCAACAGAGAGAAACCGUCGGCAACAGAGAGAAACCGUCGGCAACAGAGAGAAACCGUCGGCAACAGAGAGAAACCGUCGGCAACAGAGAGAAACCGGCGGCAACAGAGAGAAACCGGCGGCAACAGAGAGAAACCGGCGGCAACAGAGAGAAACCGGCGGCAACAGAGAGAAACCGGCGGCAACAGAGAGAAACCGGCAGCAACGAACCGGCAGCAACGAACCGGCAGCAACAGAGAGAAUGUAUAACAAAAAGAGAAAAGGGCUGCGCAGCCCUUUUCUCUUUUUGUUAUACAUUCUCACUCUAGAGGCAACAGAAAAAAAAAACGACUGCAACAGAGAGAAACCGACUGCAACAGAGAGAAACCGACUGCAACAGAGAGAAACCGACUGCAACAGAGAGAAACCGACUGCAACAGAGAGAAACCGACUGCAACAGAGAGAAACCGACUGCAACAGAGAGAAACCGACUGCAACAGAGAGAAACCGACUGCAACAGAGAGAAACCGACUGCAACAGAGAGAAACCGACUGCAACAGAGAGAAACCGACUGCAACAGAGAGAAACCGACUGCAACAGAGAGAAACCGACUGCAACAGAGAGAAACCGACUGCAACAGAGAGAAACCGACUGCAACAGAGAGAAACCGACUGCAACAGAGAGAAACCGACUGCAACAGAGAGAAACCGACUGCAACAGAGAGAAACCGACUGCAACAGAGAGAAACCGACUGCAACAGAGAGAAACCGACUGCAACAGAGAGAAACCGACUGCAACAGAGAGAAACCGACUGCAACAGAGAGAAACCGACUGCAACAGAGAGAAACCGACUGCAACAGAGAGAAACCGACUGCAACAGAGAGAAACCGACUGCAACAGAGAGAAACCGACUGCAACAGAGAGAAACCGACUGCAACAGAGAGAAACCGGCAAGAGAAACCGGCAGCAACUAGCCGACUGCAACAGAGAGAAACCGGCAGCAACAGAGAGAAACCGGCAGCAACAGAGAGAAACCGGCAGCAACAGAGAGAAACCGGCAGCUAACGAACCGACUGCAACAAAGAGAAACCGGCAGUUAACAAAUAGGACUGCAACAAAGAGAAACCGGCAGUUAACAAAAAGGACUGCAACAGAGAGAAACCGACUGCAACAGAGAGAAACCGACUGCAACAGAGAGAAACCGACUGCAACAGAGAGAAACCGACUGCAACAGAGAGAAACCGACUGCAACAGAGAGAAACCGACUGCAACAGAGAGAAACCGACUGCAACAGAGAGAAACCGACUGCAACAGAGAGAAACCGACUGCAACAGAGAGAAACCGACUGCAACAGAGAGAAACCGACUGCAACAGAGAGAAACCGACUGCAACAGAGAGAAACCGACUGCAACAGAGAGAAACCGACUGCAACAGAGAGAAACCGACUGCAACAGAGAGAAACCGACUGCAACAGAGAGAAACCGACUGCAACAGAGAGAAACCGACUGCAACAGAGAGAAACCGGCAGCAACAGAGAGAAACCGGCAAGAAAAAACGGCACCAACUAACCAACUGCAACAGAGAGAAACCGGCAGCAACUAGCCGACUGCAACAGAGAGAAACCGGCAGCAACAGAGAGAAACCGGCAGCUAACGAACCGACUGCAACAAAGAGAAACCGGCAGCUAACAAAAAGGACUGCAACAGAGAGAAACCGGCAGCUAACAAAUAGGACUGCAACAGAGAGAAACCGUCGGCAACAGAGAGAAACCGGCGGCAACAGAGAGAAACCGGCGGCAACAGAGAGAAACCGGCGGCAACAGAGAGAAACCGGCAGCAACGAACCGGCAGCAACGAACCGGCAGCAACAGAGAGAAUCAACAGAAAAAAAAAACGACUGCAACAGAGAGAAACCGACUGCAACAGAGAGAAACCGACUGCAACAGAGAGAAACCGACUGCAACAGAGAGAAACCGACUGCAACAGAGAGAAACCGACUGCAACAGAGAGAAACCGACUGCAACAGAGAGAAACCGACUGCAACAGAGAGAAACCGACUGCAACAGAGAGAAACCGACUGCAACAGAGAGAACCCGACUGCAACAGAGAGAACCCGACUGCAACAGAGAGAACCCGACUGCAACAGAGAGAACCCGACUGCAACAGAGAGAACCCGACUGCAACAGAGAGAACCCGACUGCAACAGAGAGAACCCGACUGCAACAGAGAGAACCCGACUGCAACAGAGAGAACCCGACUGCAACAGAGAGAACCCGACUGCAACAGAGAGAACCCGACUGCAACAGAGAGAAACCGACUGCAACAGAGAGAACCCGACUGCAACAGAGAGAACCCGACUGCAACAGAGAGAACCCGACUGCAACAGAGAGAAACCGACUGCAACAGAGAGAAACCGACUGCAACAGAGAGAAACCGGCAGCAACAGAGAGAAACCGGCAGCAACAGAGAGAAACCGGCAGCAACUAACCAACUGCAACAGAGAAAAAACGGCAGCAACUAACCGACUGCAACAGAGAGAAAACGGCAGCAACUAG